UGUGUGUGUGUGCGUGCGCGUGCAGCCUCCUUCCAGCUGCUCGGCCCGGUAAAAUGAGGUGAAGAUGGGCUGAUCGGAGCCGGACGGGCCGCACGGAGCCGCCGCUCUUCGCCAUGGACGAGUUCCACCCCUUCAUCGAGGCGCUCCUCCCCCACGUGCGCGCCUUCAGCUACGCCUGGUUCAACCUGCAGGCGCGCAAGCGCCGCUACUUCAAGAAGCACGAGAAGCGCAUGAGCGCCGAGGAGGAGCGCGCCGCCAAGGACGAGCUGCUGGCCGAGAGGUCGGAGGUCAAGCAGAAGUGGGCGUCGCGCCUGCUGGCCAAGCUGCGGAAGGACAUCCGGCCCGAGUGCCGCGAGGACUUCGUGCUGUCGGUCAGCGGCAAGAAGAACGUGUGCGUGCUGAGCAACCCCGACCAGAAGGGCAAGAUGCGGAGGAUCGACUGCCUGCGGCAGGCCGACAAGGUGUGGCGUCUGGACCUGGUCAUGGUGAUCCUGUUCCGCGGGAUCCCCCUGGAGAGCACGGACGGCGAGCGGCUGGUGAAGGGCUCGCGCUGCGCCAACCCGGCGCUCUGCGUCCAGCCGGGACACAUCUCCGUCUCCGUCAAGGAGCUGGACCUGUACCUGGCCCACUACGUCCACAACCAGAACCAGAACCAGAACCAGAACCAGGGCCGCAAGCAGAACCGGACCCGGCCGGAGGCGGAGCCCGGCGGUAACCCCGCCCACCAGGAGGACGGCCGGCCCCCCGGAUCGGAGUCGCCGGACUUCCAGCGGAGCUUCGUCACGUCGGGGGUUUUCAGCGUCGCCGAGCUCGUCUCCGUCUCCAGGACGCCCGUGGUGACGGGAGUCGGACCGGGGUUCUCCGUGGGGGAGCUGCACGGCCCGCUGACCUACGACCUCCACCAGCCGGGCCGGCUGCGCCGCGCGCUAGCCGGCGCCGCCGCCUGCGGGAUCAAGCGCCACAAGUCGGGCUCCCUGGAGGACGACCCCGAGCAGGACCCCGACCCGGACAGCCCCGGCGGCGGGGGCGGGUACUACCACUCCCCCCCGUCGCCCUCCGGCGGCGGCGGCGGCGGCGGCGCCUCGCGCAGCUGGACCGAGGACCUGGACGGCGGUGUGUCCCCCCCGCCGGUGAAAAAGUGCGACCUGGACAGCCCCGCCCCCUCCCCGCAGGGCGACGCCCCCAGAGCGGUGGUGGGCGUCGCCGGCUCCUCCUCCUCCUCCUCCUCCUUCCACCGGCCGGUGAUCGCCGGCCCCUCCCCCCUCCACUUCCCCCCUCCCUCCUCCCCCUCCCCCUUCUUCCCCCCCCACGGCGGCGCCAUCCGCUACCCCCCCCACCUCGGCCCGGACCCGGACCCGGACCCCGACCCCAACCCCAACCCGCUCAAGGACCUGCUAAACGGUAGCCAGCUCAAGGUGCCGGGCCACUACCCGAUGCUCCUCCCGGGGUCAAAGGUCGCCGCCGCCGCCGCUGCCUCCUCCGAGGGCGGGGCCAACUCCCCGACGUCGCCCACGUACUCCGCCCCCGGGACCCCCGCCGCCCCCGGGACCCCCCCGGCCAGCCGGGCGUCCUUCGUGGGGAUCGCGCCGCGGGACCCCCCCGGACUCUACCCCGCUCAGUCUUGGUAUCUCGGCAACUGACGGACAGACGAGGAGGAGAAGAAGAAGAAGAAGAAGAAGAAGAAGAAGAAGAAGAAGGAGGAGGACUAGCUUAGCAUUAGCGCGUAGCACGGAGGACGAAGCCAUCGCGUCGACAAAACCAGAGACCAGCACAAGAAGUUCCAAAAAAAGAAACUCUGGGAUCGGAUGUCAAAAGCCUUUUAACCCCGCCCCCCCUCUCCGUCCUGAAGCCCCGCCCCCCUUCCCCGAUGCCCCGCCCCCCUUCGCAGGUGCUGCUUUUUUUCUGAUAUAUGCAAACUCCAUCCUCCCACCCGAGCAAUAAUCGGUUUCCUGGGCUAGCGUUUCCCCGGAAGCUAGCGGCUAGCGGCUAGCUAGCCGCUCGUCUUCCAACGUCAAUCCAAGCUAGCGGCUAGCGGGACGUCGCUGGCGAAUGUUUGUUUGUUUGUUUGUUUUUUCAAAUGAACUUCAUGUCAACAAGCGUAUCCGAUAUGAGGUCAGCCGCUAAGCUAAGCUAAGCUAAGCUAAGCUAAGCUAAGCUAAGCUAAGCUAACCGGCGGGAAUUUUUAACCGCGCGGGGGGUCUGCAACGCGCCGUGCUGACAUGCUAAAAUCAAGCUAGCCGGAAGCGGGCGCCGUGAAAGCUAACACGAGUUAGCUAGCUGGGAACGCUAAAAUCUGUCAAGCAGCGAACAGAGCUAGCAUAAAAUGGCUAAAAUCUGUCCAGAAGCUACUAAAAUUAGCAUAAAAUGGCUAAAAUCUGUCAGGUAGCUAACAUGAAGGCUAAAAGAGCUAGCAGACCUAGCAUAAAAUGGCUAAAGUCUGUCCAGAAGCUACUAAAAUUAGCAUAAAAUGGCUAAAAUUUGUCCCGAAGCUACUAAAAUUAGCUUGAAAUGGCUAAAAUCUGUCAGGUAGCUAACAUGACGGCUAAAACAGCUAGCAGAGCUAGCAUAAAAUGGCUAAAAUCUGUCCAGAAGCUAAUAACAUUAGCAUAAAAUGGCUAAAAUCUGUCAAGCAGCGAACAAAGCUAGCAUAAAAUGGCUAAAAUCUGUCCAGAAGCUAACAGAGCUAGCAUAAAAUGGCAGAGUUAGCAUAAAAUGGCUAAAAUCUGUCCAGAAGCUACUAAAAUUAGCAUAAAAUGGCUAAAAUUUGUCCAGAAGCUACUAAAAUUAGCAUAAAAUGGCUAAAAUCUGUCAGGUAGCUAACAUGAAGGCUAAAAGAGCUAGCAGAGCUAGCAUAAAAUGGCUAAAAUCUGUCCAGAAGCUAAUAACAUUAGCAUAAAAUGGCUAAAAUCUGUCAAGCAGCGAACAAAGCUAGCAUAAAAUGGCUAAAAUCUGUCCAGAAGCUAACAGAGCUAGCAUAAAAUGGCAGAGUUAGCAUAAAAUGGCUAAAAUCUGUCCAGAAGCUACUAAAAUUAGCAUAAAAUGGCUAAAAUCUGUCAGGUAGCUAACAUGAAGGCUAAAAGAGCUAACAGAGCUAGCAUAAAAUGUGUCCAGAAGCUAACAACAUUAGCAUAAAAUGGCUAAAAUAUGUCAGGUAGCUAAUGGAGCUAGCAUAAAAAGCGCGGCUAGCGUCAAAUCGCAAAAAAAAAAACAAAAAAAAAAAAAAAAAAACAAAAGCAGCUAGCAGGCGUGACGUGAAAUUGCUAAAAAACCGCGCGCCGGCUAGCGAGGGCGCUAGCUAACGUCCGGCAGUUAGCGUGAACGCUGCAGCGGCUGACCGAGCUAGCGUAGCGUCAGACGGCCCGCGCGGACGAUCGCUAGCUAACGGGGGCGGGGGGGGCUGCUAAACGAGCUCACCGUUAGCGUAAAUUGCUACGUAGCGCUAGCAUGACACGGCGGUCCGCUGCAGACCCCCCCCCCCCCCCCCCCCCCCCCCCCCCCCCGGGUUAGCUCGUCCCGAACUUGCAUGCUAACCGCCGCGCUAAAACGACCGCAUGCCUCGAAACUGGACGAUGACUCCUCCCCCCCCCUUUUUUUUUUUUUUUUUUCCCCUCCUCUAAGCCCCGCCCCCUUUUUUGCACGAUGUUUCCACGGCAACACGUCGGUGCCUUUAGCUUACCAGACUUUUUUCGGACUUUUUACAGGAAAAAAAAACAAACAAAAAAAAAGGAAAAAAUAAUAAUAAAAAGCUGCAUGUCGCGUGUCUUUUUUGCUCGAUGCUAGCGCUAGCGCUAACUGCUACUUUUGUACGAACUUCGCAUGCGCUUCGGGUCGUUUCUAAAAAAAAAAAAAAAAAAAAAA